GGUUACGUUUGGGCCUUUGUGCAAGAUGGAGCGAGCGCCCACCGCUAGCAGAAGCUCGAGGCCAGGCACACAGCAGCCGUUGCCAGGGAAUCCAAACUGGAGAAUCUCCUUCGGUUUCUGGACAGAGCUUGACGCGCUGUAUCACUCAUUUCCGCCACCGUCGAAGCCUCGCUGCCCGAGUUUGUCACUCGAUUGCGCCUCGGAGUGGAAAAAACGCCUAGUGGCCGAGGACAUUGAGCAAUUCCUGGGCAACCCAGCAGCAGCAGCUUGCCUCCGUGCAAUCACUAGUAAUUCAGAAACGGACACUGCACCAGCUUUCACUAACUUCAUUAUCAGCGGUGGACAUUCCACCGGCAAGGCCGCAUUUGCUGGUAUUCUCCGAAAAACUCUUCUAUCAGCAACACCAGAACAACCGUGUCGUUUCUCUUCGCUUAACGCUAGUGAAUUCGCUGACAAAGCUCUACAGGGGAAGUUGGAAGAAGCAGUCAGGCGUCUGGAUGCUUCGAAAACUGGAUCUCCAUCAUUUCUGAUAAUUGAACGAUUCGAAAGUAUUACUCCUAGCGUGCAACAGCACUUCUUCGCUCCGUUACUUGCAGAGGCAAAUCUAAAGAAAGUAUUUGUGAUUUUACUUGUACGUCCGGAUGUAAGCAAGCUUGCGGAGCAAAUAAAAACUCAAUCCAUGGCAGUACACCUGCGACCAUUGUCAGCUAACCUCAUCCGGACCAAGUUGCUGUUUAUUUGCCAGCAAGAACGGAUUGGGUACACACGUGAAGGGCUGGAAGAGCUUGCCAAGUUGUGCUCGUUCAAGUUGAUACCCUGCAUGGAGAAACUACACGAAGUGUUCCUCAAACAAUACUUUAUCAGCCAGGCCAACGUGAUUAAAAUCUGCCAGCCAACAUCCAGCGGAAGCUCAAAUUCACCUGCGGUACCACCAUUUCAGCUCUCUAUUCUUCGGAUGAGCGAACCUCUUCGUCGCUGCCCUAAGUGUACGCUAGUACCUCCGUGUUCGCAUAUCCCGCUAGAGAAACUGUUCUCCAAGAUCGACCAGACAAGGGCACUUUACCCGGAAAAUGGACGAAAACAACACACCGCAACCGCAGUCAUGACUGGCGACCCUGGCGGGUCUGGCCAUUCACCGAAUAGCAAUCCCCCAACUACAUCUGAACGACCAAUUUGCCCUUCAUUCAGACAGCGCGGCGUCUGCAUUAACGUUCAAAAAUUGGGGCGCUGUCAUUAUGCACACCCGUUGGAUCUCCACGUGAUUGAUACGGCAGCACUGGUGCCAAGAUGUAGAGCUCACACAUUACCACUCCCAUGUAUGCACUGCAGCAAUGCCGAGCAGAUCAAACUUGAUGUCCGAAAGGAGGCCACUACCUGUGAAAAUCUAAAACGUGACCUGUUGCGCAGUCGCCAAGCACUGGCAGAUCUAGAGACUCAACGCUACUUGUUUGUUCGAGAUCGAGGAAAGACUGCAAAGUGGGGCGGUGCGAAGAAAGCGGCGGACGAGCAACUGGCGAGGAUGGAUGCGGCGUUGAACUCCGCGAAAACCAGAAUCAAAGGCCUUGAGCAAGAUUUAAAUUUCCAUCAGGAGGAUCUUGCAAAAAUGCAAGACGCAGCAGCUUAUGGGCGUAGUAGAGGUCUCGGUAAGGGUCACGGGCGAAUUGAGCUCAAGCAGGAGAAGCAUCGAAAUAAAGCUGCUGUUGCAGCUGUCUAAAUUUUUAUGACAAUAAUCACCCUGCAUGGUUUGGUGAGUUGGAAGAUACAAACCGAACCUGUCGAGGAUCAGCGCCACCCCGCUGCUGCUGGAGCUGGCGCUGGGCUCGAGCAUCAGCACGCUUCUUCUGUUCUAAAGCCAAUGCGUCAGCAUAUUCGUGCAGUGGCAGG